UCUCCUGCGACGGCGGCGCUUGCUUGGCGCGUCACUUCCGGCGAGCGGGACACGAGCGUUCAACGGCCUGCAGAGCAUCAUGCCUAAGUUUUACUGUGACUACUGUGACACGUACCUCACCCAUGACUCUCCAUCUGUGAGAAAGACUCACUGCAGCGGCAGGAAACACAAAGAGAAUGUGAAAGACUACUAUCAGAAAUGGAUGGAGGAGCAGGCCCAGAGCCUGAUUGACAAGACAACUGCUGCAUUUCAACAAGGCAAGAUUCCUCCGACUCCGUUCUCUGCCCCUCCUCCUGCGGGGGCGAUGAUCCCACCUCCGCCCAGUCUCCCGGGUCCUCCUCGCCCUGGGAUGAUGCCAGCGCCCCAUAUGGGGGGCCCUCCCAUGAUGCCGAUGAUGGGCCCCCCUCCUCCGGGGAUGAUGCCGGUGGGACCUGCUCCUGGAAUGAGGCCGCCGAUGGGAGGCCACAUGCCCAUGAUGCCCGGGCCUCCAAUGAUGAGACCCCCCGCCCGCCCCAUGAUGGUGCCCACUCGGCCUGGAAUGACUCGACCAGACAGAUAAGGAGAGCGGGAGCCGAUCUCUCUCUCUCUCUUUCUCUCUCUCCACUUCUGUCACUUGUUCUUCUUCACCAGGAGAUCGCGGUGCUGUGACUCUGGGUUUUCUCCAGGGGUGUUAGAGGGAGACUUGCCCCCCCUUCCCAUCAGAGAGAGGAUAGUUCUGGAGGGGGCUAGUAAAUGGAACAAAAAAACAGAACUUUUCAUUUGUAUUGUGAAACAUGGAAAUAAAGUUGUCGACUCUUAGUUAAAAGAAA